AUGGAGGAAAAACGUGAUUCCGCUUACAAUAGGAUCCACUUUGACAAUCCUAUUGUUAGUAUUAAAAGUGGUAAUAAUACAGAACACAUAGUUGCCUCAGAUCUUUUUUCAAUAGAUGCGAAACUCUCUCGUGGAACCUUGGCUGUUAUACAUAAUAAAGCGGAACGCUUAUAUAAUAAAUUAGUUUCUAAAAAAGAUGCUAUUGAUUGCAUACUUGAAUCGCAGCCUGUGUUUGCAAUAGGGCCCUACUUUCAUGAAAACAAUACUUUUCCAUUUAUUGCUUAUGAAUUGAUUAGUAAUAUUUGGGAAGAACUUUCUAAGAAGGAUCAGGGUUAUCCUCUCGAAUCCGUUAAAAUUAAUAUUUCACCAAUCAAUGAUAAUCCUGAUUUUGAAUCUGCUCUAGUUAUGCGGGAAUAUGCAAAUCCAAAAGAAAGAAAUCGUCUUAUUGAACGUUUAGAAAAGAUUGAGAAGACCGUUGAUGUAGAAUUCGGGGCAAUCGCAAAAUUCGAAUUUCAAAUGAAAUCAUCCAAUAGUACUAAAGCUUUAUUAAACGAAUGGGAAUUAUAUACAAGUGGAGGCUCUAAUACUAAAUUAAUUAAUUGGAUGCAGUGUUGGCAUUGGAACUUGUCCAAUUCCCAAUAA